AUGCUUUAUGUUGGGUUAACAGAUGUACAGAGGGGAAGAAUUAUUACUCUCACUGAACAAGGAAUGCCCCAAAGAGACGUAGCAGUAAUAGUAGGCUAUACCCAAAGUGUUGUAUCGAAAACAUAUGCAAGGUCCAUUUUCAUCGACGGAAAUUUGACUGGUGAUGCUUAUGUGGAAAUGCUGAACAAUUUGAUAGAGCCAGCCAUUGUAAAUGAGGUUGAAAAUCAAAGAGAUUUGGAAGGAAAUUUAACUCUUAAUGAAGACAUCAUACACUUUCAGCAAGAUGGAGCCCCUCCGCAAUAUUCUAUUGUCACGGAAAGCGGUGGUUGGAUAGAUAUUAUCCAAGGCAAUGGAUUGGACGAGGCAAUGAUAAGGAACGGAAACUUGGAUCUGGACAUAAUCCAGAUGCCUCAGGAGAUCCCUAGUCUGUUUCAAAACGUGGAUUUGCCUUUUGUGGAUUGCGAUUCAUCCCAAUGUUCUAAUCCAUCGCCACAUGGAGUCGGUGCUUCGGUAGUCAGACGCAGGCAGUCCCCAGUGAUGACAGUACCCUCGACAAGUACCUCGAUGCCAAAGGGAAUUCCGGGUGAUCUGCAUCCUUAUAAGUAUAAAACUCACCAAAACGCCGACCUGUUCCAGGACUGUCAAAAAUUGCUGGACAAGUUCAACUACCCCUGGGAGUUGAUGCCUUUGAUGUACACCAUCCUGAAGGACGCUAAAGGAGACUUGGAUGAAGCUUCCCGAAGGAUAGACGAAGAAACGAAGAUUACUCAAGAUAGAAGGGCAAUUCCAGCGAGACGUCCAUCCAGUCUGCCAAUUUGUCUGUUAAAUUCAACUUUUUAAUUUAAGUAAAAGAAACAACAACAAGAAGAAGGUGUAUAGAAAAUUCAGAAGAAACACACGAUUUCAUUUUAAGGGAGACUGUAAACAGAAACAGAUAUUAUAAACAACGUUCGCUAGUA